GGCUACAGGUCACGUGAUCGCAGUGGCCAGGAAGUGGGCUAUGCGCACUGCUCUGAGGCUUGGCCGGGCAGCGGCGCAUAUUGUCCCAAACAAUUCACACCGCAGAGGCCAAAUGACUCGAACGGACUGAGCAGGUCUUCCGUUUUUUCCUCUCUCAAUUGAUUGUUUUUGUAUGUAGAUAAAUGUUUGAAGAAAUGGGUCCCGGUUAAUAAGGAACAUUCUAGAAACACCGUGGAGGGUUGUUUGGAGUGUGGGCAGCAGCGCCGCGGCCCGCGGCCGUGAAGGAGCUCAGCAGCCGGGAGAAGCAGAAUCCAUUGUGUGCUAGGAGCGGAAUUCAAUUCUUGCCAAAUUGAAGCUCCGUAAGUCUCUGGUUUCAAUAUUAAUGUAGAAUUGACACUUCCACCACAUACAGGGGCCGCGUUUCAUGAGUUGUCAUGCUGUGUUGUUUUUUUAAAAUAUCGUUAAAUGUCGUUAGAUCAGCCGUUCCGUGUCAGCUAACGUUAGCAUAAUGCGGCUAAUGACAUUAGCUUCUCCAAGACGAGGAGCGUUUGAUUGUACAAACCGUCCAGAGCUCUGUUUGAAGACACAGAUAAUGGGGGGCAUAUAUUGUUUACAGUAGGUUGCAGAAGCCCUUUAAUUGUACGGAAUUACAGUGGUGCUUAAUAAUAGUAAGAAAAGACAAGAAAGCUUAAAUAUGUAACAUUACGGUUAAAAGUUAAGAGUGAACGAGCCGUUCGAGAUCUGGGUUAUUCUUAAUAAUGUUCCUCAGUGCUGGCGUUAGGCAGCAAAUUACAUAUUUUUUUUCUGUGUGACACAAAAAGGAUGAUAAUUUACAGCAUACAUACAGGAAAGACUUAAUUAGGCAAAUGUACCCGCCUUAAAUCGGCGUUCACCUGACACCUCCCGUCACCUGUGCCGUAAACAAACGUACCUCUGCAGUUGGAGAGCUAACUUAGCAAGCUAACGGCUAUGCGGAUAGAAAGCGAUAGUGCCGGGUGAGCUAGCGAGCUUUGUCCACGCCAACCAUGUUUAUUUUUCUUAUCUUACUGUACCAAACGCCGAAUAAAAUGGCUGAUUUAGCUAUCUCAUUUUUUCAUGUGGCUGUUCAAGCUACUUAUUUUGGUUUGCUAAGAAAACGAAACAACACAGUGCCCCAGUUCGGCCGUAUGAUUUGCAGCUGAAUAGAGUAUUUAGUUUAAAAAAAAAUCUUGAUAUUGAGAUAAUUUUAGGAAACCCUCGCGUGUUUUGUCUCUCCCUCUCUUAGUUUAUGGUCAUGUAUUUACAUAGCGCUGUCAGCAAAGACACAGUUAUCAUUAACACCCGAGUUAUUUUAAAGCUCCUGUAACGAGUUUUGAGUUGGCCAUGAAGCAAACUGAAAUAAAUAAAUCAUAUCUCGGUCUGAAUCUGAAAGCAAACCACACCAUCAGCAUAAAGAUGAUCUAUUUCUACGUGGAUGUAUUUCUUCAUUUAUGUCUAAAUACAUGACUUUGGACAAAGUCAGUAAAGAAACAAGUGUAACCACUUUGUUCACAGGGGUAGACAGAAUCAAGGCAAACUGAAAGCCCUUCAGAUGAGCUUAAACUUUACACUGUGUUGUCUUUGAAGGGUGCAACAUUUGUCAGUAUCAUCUACAGAAAUAGAUGGCAUAACUGAUUGCAGAUGAAUUAAAAGUCAGUGAGUUGUUGUAACAUCAUCAGAUGUGUUUUCAUGCGGUGAGAAGAUAUAAGAUGGUUUUAGGAAGUUGAGACCUCAUGCAUCCUUAUAAUCUUUGGAGCAUGUGACACACCCAGCAAUGGGGAAACAACAGGUAAAUAAAACGUAGCAACAUGGCAGCAACUGAUGUAACACUGUUGUGUUGUAAAAUUGAAAGAGUCAGAAAGAAUUGGGGUCAACACUGUUAAGAUAAAAGCCGCAAACAAAAAACAGACAAUGACAUUUAGUUUCAAAUUAGAGCCACUGUGUGAGUUUUAGAGUUUCAGUCCCCACCUCACAGCACUUCAUCUCUCCUCCUCUCCUCCUCUUUUUCUUCCUCCUCUCCUGCCUUAAACAGUGGAGCAAACUUUUACCAUGCUACACAUCUGUCUCACAUAAAUUUAUUUUUUAAAUUUCACAUUUAAAGUUUAAAGAGUAAUGUCUAAUUAAAAAGUUAAAUAAGCUAAAUAAGAACCAGUGAGUUAUUGUGCAGUUUAAUAUCUAUUUGAUGAUUCAUUGAACAAUUGUUCUUAUAAUCAAUGACCAGUUGACAGUGAAAAUAGUCUUUAUUUGCAGCUCGAUGGUUUUUCCCCAGAACAUGUAUUGAUGUCAAACAACGAAGAUUCUUAAUGAUGUCUUGUUUUAAUAUUAAAAUGUUCCUUUGCCCUCCUCUGCAGGUCCCCAGCCCCCUCUAUCCUUCCUGAUUCAGUUCUGGGAGAGUUCAAACCAGUAUCAUCGCCAAGAUAGCCGGGCCAGGCAGGAAGAGGCACACCUCAGAUCCAGACCCCAGCAGCGGUAGUGAUUCCGGCGACGGGCAGCCUGUUAGUGCCAAGUGCCUAAAAAUGGCUAGCAGCGGUGGUAGUGGUGUGGCUGGUAGUGAGACAGCGGGCCGUCGUGGUGGGGCUCAGCAGAGAGGAGGCAGCGGCAGGGACAACAGCUCAGACAUGACCUCCAGUAUCAGUAAGAAGAAGCAGAAGGACAGGGCCAAUCAGGAGAGCCAAGAGGCCAAGAGAGCAGCCGCUGCAGCUGUGGACGGGGUGAUUGCAGAGGUCAAGAAAGGUAAGUAGGACUGAAGAUGUUGUUUAAUCAACUCAACUGUAUGCUCAAAGGUGUUGCUUCAUUCACUAAAUAUGGCUGCCCAGUAGACAUACUUUUUCUCUGGGUGUUGCUCAUAGAGUAACACAAUCACAUUCCAUUUGUAGUAUGUGGGCCGCCCUGUAAUAUUCUGGUAUAUUUAUCCUAUGUUUAUCAUUAUGCAAAAAUGCUAAGGCACACAGGUAUUAUCAUCUACAUUAAACAGCAGCUUUAAGACCUGUUUGACAGUUUUGACAUACCAACGUCAGCACGGGAGCUGAGACUGUUUCACUGUAAGAUGGGAAUUUAAAAAGCAUUUAAAAUCUCUCAGACCUGGAAAGGUAUUCAUCAGUAUAUUCUCAGUGCCUGCAACUUUGAAAAGCUUGAUCUUUUUUUUAAGGAAGCAAGUGUAUUUUUUCUGAAAUUUUUUAUCAGACUGGUUAGAAACAUUAAAUCUUUUUUUUUUCCCCUCAUCAAAUAUUUGUAAACCCAUAACUUAAAAAUCUAGUUCUUUUGUUCCUCUGCUUUUGCUGUGUGAUGUUUUUGUGCAUAUAUUCAGUGCCAUAAGAGGAUUAGUGUAAAGCUGAUGCCAGAGAAGUGUAUUUGGUUGCACACAUGUAUGAGGCCAAAAUCUCUCUGCUUUUUCAUUCAACAUGCUUUGGUGUUGAACAGGCAUUUCACACCCUUUAGCUGUUGUUCCAGUGUUUGUCUAUUGGUGUCACCUGAACAAGAAACAAAGAAAAUGGGUGUUACAGUGAAAAGUUAGAGAGCUAUUUUGUAACACGACUGAGUUAAUUGGAAGUGUAAUUAAAUAAUUGUACUGUGUAACUACCAUUUUGUUAGACAUAAAUGAUUCACAUACUAAGUGUGGUGAGAAACACCUGAUGCAGAGUGUUUUUCAUUAACAACAAAACUCAGUGUCCCACCUUUGCAAAAAGCUAGUUAGUUAGCAGGGCUAUUCAGCUGUAAUGCUGCAACCAUGUGCACUUCAUAGCAGCCUUCGUAAUAAUGAUUUUGCCCUGAUGCAGUUGCCAGAGGAAGGAGAAGUUAAUCAGAAGUUUAUUUCUGUUAAUCAUUAAUCCAUCAAUAAAGAUACUAACUUUGAUAGCAGUCAGUCUUAGGGCUGCUUGAUGAUAGCUGAAGACAUAAUCCCUAUUAUUUUGGUUGAACUUGAAAUCACAAUUAUGAAACAUAAUUACUCAUGAUGAUUUGAUAACAGUUUCAUGAAACUCUUAAAGUCUGAAUCAGUCACAACUGUCUUUACACAACUACAUUAAUGUUGUUGGUUUGAAAAUAUCGUAUGAAACAGCAGUGGAAGGAUGCACACAUCAGCUCUACACAUCACCUCAGGAGAUUUGACCUUUGAUAAUAGCUGUCACUGAAGUAAAUGCCAGGUUGACACUAGUAGUAGCGUAGUUUUACACAGUGUUAUCGAACAAUGAAGGAUCUGAGCUCUUCUUUUUUAUGAUACAUUAGGACGUUAGUAGACUAACAUUUAAAUGCAAUAUGGACCAGUGUCACUCACUGUUUAGCCAGACACUUGUUAGCCUGUGCUUUUCAACACCUAGAUAUGCUUGUUAUCAUGACAGCCUCUUUUUGUUGUGCUUGCUCUGUCUCUUGGCUUUUCACACCUACACACCUGCUUCUCCUCCCACCGUAUUCUCACCAUUCGUGGAUGCAUGAUAAAUAAUCUGUCUGCAGCACAGCAUGUUUAACACACAGCAAUUAACAUAAAGUGGCAUUUUCAACUUCUUGUGCUCUCACAGCUUGUUGCGUAUUUCUUAUAUGAAAUAUGAAAGAAUUAUUGGAUGGAGAUAGGGUUGCAUGUACUCUACUGUAUCUUACCAAAGUGCAGUAAUAAUAAUAAAAAGAAUACACUAUUACAUCAAUAAUACAUUUUAUUAUGUAGUGCUUUUCACUCAAAGACACCUUACAAGAAAAAGAAAACAGUAGUAAAUGGGAUAGGAUAGUCAAUAGGAUUUUCCCAGUCAAGACAGUUUAAGCCUCUUAUCUGGCAGACUGGACGUUUUUUGGGGGCCUUGAAAAUACCUCGAAAAAUGUCUACAUUUUCAAACCAUCUUCAAUAUCUGGCAGCAACAUACUGUCAAAAAACAAUGGUUAGCUUUCAUAGUACACUUGUCUUUCUUUAUUGCUCUUUGUUUGUCUUUUUGUUGUCUGCUUUGGGAAUUUGUUGGGCUCUGUAGAUUUAGAUAAUUGAAAAAAUAAAUAAAAAACAUAAUAUGUCAUGGCAGAAAUCUGGACAAGACAAGUCAAACAUGUAGACCCACAUUCUGGCCGAUGGUACCUCUCCGAUUUAAGGUCAACAGUAUCAUCGUUUGUCCACUAGAGGGCACUGACAAAUCACUGUUUCUUCAGGAAAGUAUCCACUUAAUCUUGGGUUUAACUUCAAACCUCAAACUGAACAAGUAGUCUAAUGUCAUCAUUUUUGUGUUUUCAAUAUCAGCAUUUAAAUUUGUGGCAGAUCUGAUAUAAUUUGAAUGAAUGAGCUGGAGUUUUUUAAUGUCUCAUCAGUUUGAAACGAGAAGAUAACAGGCACAUUAAAAUCAUUGAGAUUUCUGAAUUAUAAUUGUGGUUUUUUGUGUGUAUGUGAGUAUGAUUUGAUCAGGCUGGAGAGAAAUCCACAACUGCAUGAUCAUCAUAUGAUGUUUUAUUUGGCUAGUGAUGGUAUGAAAAUACUAACAUGGAAAUGUUACACUUUCAUAAACUCAAUAAUACUCAUCUCAACAGUUUAAGCUGCUCUGGCCUCUCCAUAUUUAUCCCUUAGGUAUAAUCUAAAUCGCUGUUUAAAAAAACAAAAAAACAAUGUCUAAAACAAUUUAUAAACAACUUUUAUCAGUUAUUAGCAAAGUCAGAGAAGAGACACAGGGUGUGAUAUCCUUAUGUGGAACUAUUCAGUUGUUUUUUUGUGUGUGUAAAUAUCAGAUAAGUUCCCUGGUUUUUCAUCAUACAGUGUCUGUUGUUUAAGAGGGAGAAAACUUUCAUUCAAAUGAAACAUUACAUUUAAAUUUCAGUUCUGAUCUUCAAAUUAAAAUGUUAAGUCUGCUGUUUUGCAGACAUGCUUUUUUUUCCUUGGGCAAAUAGACUCCCUGGCUCUGAAGCAUGUCAUUGUGUUUUUAAUGUGUUGGAGUUAUGAUUGAUGAGACAGUGUGACGUCGUCCCCUGUCAUGAGGGUGUGCGCUAAAGCACUGUUAGAUAUUCAGCAUGGCUGACCUGGAAUCACCAGCUGGUCGGGAUUGGAUGUUGCCUGUGACCUUUCUAGAGAAAUUCAAGUUGGAGAGGUUGAGUCAGACGAAAGAAGUUGUGAGAAAGUUGAGGCUCUCUAGUUGUUGUUGAAGGUUAAAGUCAAGUACGAGUGUGGCCGUGACCUCUUUCCUGGAAGAGAGCGCAGUCUGCGCUUGUCUGGAAUGAUUUCUUAUUUUGAACCUCCGUCCACGUUGAGUUCACCAUGAAAAAUGGUAAAGUUUUUUUGUUGGUUUUCCUGAUGUGUCAUGAUUCUUGAUUUUAAAAACAUUUUCAUGACUUGGUCGCAUGUUGAUCAUCUGCUGUCAAACAUUUGUUCGCUAGCUUACAGUUGGUGCAGCAUGGAUAAUUUUAGAUGUCCCAUCUGCUGUAUUCACUGUACUUUGUGCCUGAGUCCAUCGAGCACUCUGGACUGACCCACUUGAGCGUAUGGGUACACUGAUAUGUUGUAUCUGAAUAUGUGAGCAGGUGCAUUUCAUUUUGUGUGUGUGCGUGUCUGUCUUUAGUCUCUGUGUACUAGAGACACAUUUUGUUCCCCAUUGGUCGAACUUGAAAACCUUAUUGGCUUUCUUGUCCUGUUGUGUGUUUGUGUGUUUUGUCUUCUUCUCUGGUUUUAUUUUUCCAUAUGGGACCAGCUUCUCUGUUUAUUUUUAGGCCUGUAGACAAAUCCUGACACUCUUAACGUUUUCAGUUUUGUCUCACAUUUUUGAUUUUAUUUUCAUUGUGGUUGAAGAUUGCUUUAUGUGAAGUUCCCUCUCUUUGUUUCUGACUGUUCCCAUGUUGUUGUUUUUUCAGAUGUGUUUGUGGACUGGAAGCAAAAUGUCAAUGAAGUGACUGUGAGACUGCGCUGUGGGGAGGGGGUGCAAAGGAUAGAGGAUAUCAAUACAACUUUCACCGAUACACACUGCCAUGUGUGCUUCCCAGGUAAGUCGGUAAAAUCAGCUGUUCUUCACCCCAGAUCUGAGGUUUUGAUGUUGAUUUACUGAGACAUGAGAAGGUCUCAAUCUAAUACUUGAAUUUGCUGCAUUUGAAUAGAGGUGCUCUCUGUUUUUUUCCCUGCUCUACUUUGUAAAUUUCUAUAUUUCAUUAAACGUGAAGCAAAACAGACUUGCUGGCCUUGCCUGUCUUCAUAUCAGGGAUCCACAUAUUAAGUCCAGUGGAUCCGCCUCAAACAUGUUUGACUGGUUGAAAGUUUCCCCCCUUAAUGUACAAAUAUUUUACACGACUAACAUUUAGGAUUGCUAACUCUAGUGUAACAGACUGUUUGGUUUGCCCCUUUUGAGCCAUGUGUCCCUGGUGAGGUACCGUAGGCUGUUUCAGAGCUGCUGUUGUUGCUGUAAGCUUUGGCUGGUGUUCUACAGCAACGUUGGAUUUAUUAGUUUCUUAUCCAGUUUGCCAAACCUAGUUACACUAAAUUGUGUUUGGGUUAUGACACAAAUUGUGCUCAGUCUACUCAAUAAUAUGCCCAAGAAAUUAUAAAACCCCCGGAUUGGCUCCUAGCCAGUUGUUGAAAUUGGGUUGGGGACAGAAAGCAUGCAAUAUCAAUAAAGAAAAACUGAGCAAAAAAGAAUAAAUUUAGGCUCCACAGUAUUGCCAUAAUAUCUAUGAAUGAGGAGAGAGCACAAGAAGUUUCCCUGAUAUUACAUCAGAAAUGGUUGUUUUGCAAUGCAUUAAAACCCUCAUGAUUUGUCUCAUCUGUCUAAAAAAUGCGUCAUGGCAAAGCAUGGAUCUUGACCUUUUACAUGCUCUGUUUGAUCCGUUAAGUGAAAUCAGCAUAGCAGAAUCUCUGGAAAACAACUGACUUGUUUUGAUAGACACACUGAACCUGCAAACAGUCCAAAAGCGGACAGAUUGAAUGCUGCUAAUAAGAGAGAAGGCUACAAGAUCCUUUUCAGUCAGUAAAUCCUUUGGGUGAGCUGUGCCUGACCUUGCUCAACAUUACAUCAAACUGGCCUCUGGUCAGUGUCAUGUACAGUGGCUGAAUAAGAACAGCUAUUUUUGCAGCUGAAGCUGAUGUUAGGUUGAACUCAGAUACAACAGAGUUAGUUUCAUUUAAAAAAUUAAAACACAGUUUCUCUGUCAGAAUCAUCCAGGUAUCUAAAGAAGGAGGUCGGGUUUUGUUUUGGCCUUAACACACAUAAUAAAAUCAAUAAAAGACGUGUUUGUGUGUUUGGCAUCAAACUUCAAAGUCUUCACAUAAGUUUAAAUGUUGUCACUGAGACAUUAAAUGCUUGACUUUGUAACUGCCUGUUAAGUAUUUGCUGCAGUUUCAGCACUCAUGAUGAGACUCUCAUGUCUGCAUGUCAACCAUUUUCAGAUGGACGUGAGUGGAGAUGUCAGUUGCAGGAGGAAAUUGAGGCCUCAUGUAGCAGAGUCCAGUACAAGGAGAAGGGAGGCUUCCUGCUGGUCAUCAUGCAGAAGAAGAUUCCUUUUCACAUAUGGCCUUCACUGAAAGUGAGUCACGUAACAUGAACAUUUUUCUCUACGUGCCUUUGUCUAAGCCGGCUUGUGUUUUCAUUUGAUAUGAUGCCUCUAUGGUCUGUCACUUGUUUUCUACUCUAUUAUCAGUUCUUGGAUGAAUUCUAACCAUUUUGAAGAAUCCUGUUAAUAGAGACUUCAUUCCACUUACUUUCUUCUUAAUGUAAAAAAUGCUUCUGCUCCUGGUUUUUCUUCUCCAGUCCAACAAGAAGGAGAAGGAGUCAGUUACCACAGAGACCAAAACUGACAAGGAGCAGGAGAUGAAGACUGUUGCCUUGGAUUCAUCAGAGAUACCCAAACUGUCAUCCUCGCAGCCUUCCUCCUCACACUCGCACAGUGAGUCAAGACGCAGUGGUGGUAAAGCUGCCAAGCGCUGCCUUAAAAACAAACAAGUUGGUGACAAGGUCACUGUGGACUCUGUAGGAGUGAAAAGUGGAGCUGGAGAUGGCUCAGUCACCUCCAAUAAGCCUGUGACAGUCGCAAGAAGCGAGCAGCAGCAUCCACAGGAGCCCAGUGCUAAGUGCACUGUUGUACGGCUGCCCAAGACCACCAAGGAGGACGCUGCCUCACCAGCAGACAGGGACACAAAAUCUGUCAAGUCUACUUUAGCCAAUGGUAAAACUCCACAUUCACACCUGCCCGCUGGUCGGAGCCCACAAACACAGCGCAGAGAUGGAGACAACAGAUCACAGAGACUAGUCAGUGACCAGGAUCAGAAAUCAGGAGAUACUGUCAUCGCUGCUCCUGCCAGCCAUACCAACACUACUCAGGUGAGAAGGCUGGGACUUCCUGAUUGUCUGUCUGCACAUUAUUUACAUUUUUAUUACUUAAUAGUGUUGUUGAAGUUUUUAAUUUAUACUUCAUUACAUCCACACAAAGUGACAGUGUCUGUCUAGAAGGUGUUUUCUGAUGCUUAGUUAUGCUGGGAAUAGCUUAAUGGUCUAAGAUUAAAAUAAGAAAAGGUGACGAUGGCCUCGGUCAAAUAUACGACUUCCUUAAAUGACACCAAAACAUGGCAGCAUACUGUAGUCCAAUUAUCCUUCCUCUUUGUUAAUAAUGUUUAAUGGAAGGAGAAUGCCAAUGAUAUUUCUUUAUAUUUUAAACUCCAAUAACAUUCAAGUCUAUGUCAAAUAACAAGUUUUUCAAACUGAAGAAGUGACCCGUUUAUCAAGGGUAUUAGUAAAAGCGUAUUGUUAACAGAGAGGGUUGUCCAGCUGCUUUACAAGCUGAAACACAGAGAACUUCAGGACAGAGGAACUUCACAAGAACUGUCACACUUGAAUUCAGCUUGUUGUUUGAUUUUCACCGUGGUCAGUUUUCUUCUGCAGAAUGUGCAUGCAUUUAACAGCAUGAGGGGGAUGUUAUGAUGCCAUGUUGUUUAAGUAUGAGUUGGUUUUGACUUGAGUGCACGUAGCAAAAGCUGUAUCCAGCGUUGUUGUCAGUGAGGUUGAGGGCUGGAAGGUAAAUGCUUUAGAAGAAUAUGAACUUAGUGCUCCCAAAGUGCUGUAAGGCUGAAAUGUCCUCAUGACCCCCAGUUACUCAAAAUCUGUUUUUCUUGAAACAAACAACCAAAAAGGGUAAUUUCUGCAUGAACUUUGCUGUUUGCUAUGAUUUGACAGAAAUGUCUGAAUCAAAAGGAAACUGAUCCUUAUAACCACUGUUGUUUUCAGUGCACAAAAUUAACCUCGUGAUUCCUGCUAUAUUCAUCAAAACUACAUCAACUAUUUACCAUACAGGACUGUGUGCUGCUGAUAAAUGAUCUUGACCAGUAACAUGUUUAAGAUGCAUUCGUUAGAUAAAUGGAUAUAAAGAAAAAUACGGUGAGUCAUGAUAUAGAUUUCAGAACAUGACAGGUGUUUCUGUCAGAAGAGUGUUUUCAUGUAGAGAUGGUAACACCAGCCAGAUAUUACCAAUGUGGUGCAGACUAUUUCACAAUGUCUUUAAUCAGUCUGAUAAAAUCAGCCAACCAGUUAAUCGGUCUAGCUAGACAGUCUAGGUGUUAAUGGAAACCAUAUGCAGACAUCAUUGAAUUAUUGUUGUUCAUGUGUCUGUGUGGGGAGAGAGUCACAUGCCUAAAUAUCACUAUGUUUUAUAAUUGUCAUGAUGUAACUUUGAUUUAGUGCUUUACAAACUGAAGAAUAACUGAGUCUGACUGAUUAAAUGAACAAAUUCCACAUUUGCUGGUUCACAAGGCGCUUUUGAUUGAAUCUUCAGAUAACUGACAGGCAAACUCCAAAAUGUGUUCAUUUGACUUAAUCUUAUAAUUAUUUGACCUAAAAAUGGAAAAAAUAAAAUAUGAACUUCUCUGGAUGACUAUUUUGAUCCUUUCAGAACUUUAAUAAGCCACUGCACUGUUUGUUCUGAGGACAAGCAUUAAGUUACACAGGUCGUCUGUAAGUAUGCCGGGCACAAACAAGUCAUUCUGAUCGUGUAUUGAUCACAACUGCUGGACUGGAGGAAAAAGAACCAGGAUUUAAAAAAACUCUCUGGAGUAGUAUAUGAUAAGGUUUCAAACAAUAACACCAUCUAGUCUGUGUGGGCUCCUGUCUGUCAAGUUACCUUUGAGCUUGGAAGAUACUUGCAGUUGAAUUUCUUAUGAUUUCAGUAAGCUGUAAAGAUAGAUUAGUUACAGCUUAAUAUGUCCUUUUCUGAAAGUAGCACUAAGGAAAUUAAACAAGGUGCAGUAUCAGUUGGUCCUUGCUAGUAGUUAAUUCUCAAAGAUCCUGCAAAAAAAAAACUUAUGUGGGUAUGAAGGUAUUUCAUGAGAAGUUUGUCCUGUCUUUUUUUAAUGCAGGUGGCAGAAAAGCAAACCCAGUCUUCUGACAGGUCUGGAGCAACAGCAAACGGCAGUGAUAGCCCACCAGCAACUCUCGUCAGCACCAGCGACUGCCUCAAACCUGUAAGCUUCAACAACAAAGCGAGCCCUCCUGAAAUGCUGGGAGAUAAAACUGACUCUGAGCCAGAGAAAAAGCCUGUUGAGCAGGAAUUGGAGCAGGAUACUCUGAUUCACCAGCAGCUCAGCCCAGCAAGAGAAACAGGCUCAGCACCAGCUGUUGAUGCGACUGCCAAACAAGCAGAGUCACCCAGUUUAGCCCAGAGGCACGGCAGCUUUGAUGGCGAAGAGAAGCGGGACCAGUCAAAGGAGGAGCCUCCUCUGGAAAUAAAGCAACAGGAAGGUUAGUUGAGAGGGUUUGGGGACUAAUUUUCAUAUACACAUUUGUGGAAAAGUGGCAGAUUUGGCCAAGAGCAGAGAUUUUGUUUGUUGCUCAUCAUUUUUUCACUUCGAUCAAACCCUGAUGAAAAUGCCUUUAUAACCUUCCUGCAGCCCCAGAGCCAAUGGUCAACCUGCAGUUUGUGAAGAAUGAUUCCUAUGAGAAGGGCACGGACCUGAUGGUGGUAAAUGUUUACAUGAAGGGGAUCUGCAGGGACACAGCCAGAGUCAUCUUCAGGGAACAGGACUUCACCCUUAUCUUUCAGACUAGGUAGUAAAAGUGACAAAAUAAAAAAUCCAACAAAUACAGUAUUAUUAAAUCAUUUCUUUGUGCUUUAAUUUCUGCCAAGAACAACCUGCGAAUAAUCUCCCUGUGUCACUAUUUUACAGUGAUGCUAACUUUCUGCGGCUCCAUUCAGACUGUGGGUCAAACACAGUCUUUAAGUGGCAGGUCAAACUCAGGUAACACUUGAAUUCAGUGGUACAAGUCAUUAGACCUCUGUAAUAUAAAGAGACAGUUUUUUUUUAUUCCUGUCUGUGUUUCUGUUUCCCCAAUUUCAGGAACCUUAUCCAGCCUGAGCAAUGCAGCUACUCCUUCACCCCGUCCCGACUGGACAUCACCCUGAAAAAAAGGCACAGCCAGCGCUGGGGGGGUCUAGAGGCUCCUGCCACACAAGGUGUGCUGCCGGGCUUCUACUUGUUUAUAUUUUCUACAUGUAUGACCAGGGGUGUCCCGAUCCGAUAUUGGUAUCAGAUAUUGUUCUGAUAUCAGCAAAAAAAACAAACAUUGGGUUAUGUCGGCCUGCAUCUAAAAUCUACGAUACAAGCAGUCCAUUCCAUACUCCACUCCAGCACCUCUAUCUAGCAAUGCCUGGAUCCAGCAUGCAGAGCCCACGUGAUCACAACAACAGUGUGUACUUAGGUACUAACAAAGUAGCAAGGAGAAGGGGUGAUGUCGGCCGUGUGGCGUUUUUUUUUUUUAUUAUUCAAGUUCAAAAAAGUCAUUGCAGCUGAGUGCAAACUAGUCAUGCACAAGUUUGAGCUAAUAUCAGAUCAAUAUCGAUAUUAGCCAAUACUGGAGGCUACAAUAUCGGUAUCGUAUCAGAAGUAGGGCUGCAGGAUUUUGGCCAAAAAUAAAAUCCAGAUUUUUUUUCCCUAAAAACUCACUUUCUGUUUUCGAUUUGGAUCUUUUAUUCAGUGACAACUUCACCAAACUUCAAUUCAAAAAUAAGAAGUUUUUCUAUCAGCUCUCAAAAUGAAACCACUGAAAACGAUAUAGUGCAUAUCCCAAGCCAGUAAGUGGCGCUGUAAUGCUGCCCAGGAAAUGCAUCUAAACCGCAGUUUCCAUGUGGGUGAAACGCCGAUACGAACUGUGAAGCAGGAGCCUACAGCGACCAGGAGGUGUUAGACAUGAAAGAGAGGAAAAUCAAUUUGGAGAUUUUCAUUUUCUUAACAUUGUCAUGGAUGGAUAGACAGACAGACACUUUAUUAAUCCCAGAGGGAAAUUCAAAAUAAUAAUGAAUAAUCCAAUCACAAUUUUAAAUCGAUUAAUGGUUCAGCCCUAAUCGGAAGUAAAAAAGUUGUAUCAUGACACCCCUAAAUACAAACAGAGAUGAUGGACUUUUGGAGCUUGGAAAAAGUUAAUCCUUUGCUACAAAAGUUGACUUUGCAGUCUUGAAGUUUUGGUCAUCCAGGAAUGCAGAUUAAUAGAAAAAACAUUAGGUAGAGUUCCUAGUUAUUUAGUUUGAGUUGGACAGAGUUGUUAUUGUCAUGAAGAGAAGGUGUGCCAACAUGAGUGAACUUAACAAUAGUAUGUGCAGGUGCCAGAUUUAAGACGUUUGCUCCUUUUUUUAAAGGGGCAAGAAGAGUAAACAGUCAUCAUAAAAGGAUUUAGGUUAGACGUAUCAGGGCCAGAUUUUUCUAUCAUUAACCUGUCACAUGCCAGAAUUGUAUAGUGUCUUGUUUUGGACAAUCUUCUUAACCACAAGCUCUAUUCUCCUCUGUUUAAGGUGCAGUGGGUGGUGCAAAGGUUGCCGUGCCCUCCAGUCCUGCCUGCUUGGAGAAAAGCCAGCCGGGCAGCAGCCAGCAUAGCCUACCAGCCAAGGAGGAGCCUCCUAGGGUUGGGGAGGAAAAACCCAAGACCCCUAAAGCCUCACCAAGAGUUGAGGAUGGAGGUCUUGAUGCAGUGGCCCCUCGUUCAGUCUCUGAGUCUCAUGUUUCAAUCACUAAGCCAGAGCCCACUGUUACCACGGUUAGUCAAAAGUGCAAACUAUUAUAUACCAGAGAGACAUGGCAAAAGACAGGUUUGUGCACUAGUUGGUGCUGGUCUAUAGGGGCUAAAGGAGACCGGUUAUGAGUAUUUUAUCCUUUCAUUAUGUCAGCCAGGGACACUUAUAGAAUAGCUCUGGGUGAUUUUCAGCUAAAACAACCCCUGAUUUAUCUCAGAUAAGCAUCUGUGUAAACCCUCAUGUAUCACUGUUCAGCCUCUGCCUGUAGCACUCCAUUUUGGCUGCUUUUGCAGUGAUAUAAUGUCAGACACAGCACAUGGAUGUUACUUUUCACACAGCUAUGUAGUCAUGAAAUGGCCUGAUUAAUAUACUAUGCAGACAAAGUCAUUAGCACCCAAACAAUUUCAUGUUUCAAAACUGAACUGAGGUUUCGUUGGGACAUUAUAUGUCAGUAUUAAAAUAUAGAGUAAAAUAGGUCUCCUUUAAGGUCAUAUGACUGUGCUUACUUGAACUGGUGUGUUACUCUUUCCUCCUCAGCCUAAACCCACCUGCAUGGUGCAGCCCAUGACUCACACGUCUCUUGCAAGCAAUGAGUGCCACGAAGAAGAAGAGGAGAAGAAGGUGUGCCUGCCUGGCUUCACAGGAUUGGUCAACCUAGGAAACACCUGUUUCAUGAACAGUGUCAUCCAAUCCCUGUCCAACACCAGAGAACUCAGGGAUUAUUUCCAUGGUAAAUCUCGUGAUUUUUGGGGGGGGCAGUAUGACCUCAGCUUGAUAAACAAUGACUGACACUGAUUGCUGAUAGUCCAAGGUCCUCUAAAUCCAGGAAGAACUUUUGACACUCCUUCACUCUGCAGUCUGUAAGAUCUACUCAGCUCCUGCUGUUAGCAGCUGCUUCCUCUUCUGCUUAGUCUUCCAAUUCAUUUUCACAGGAGAUGAGGUUCUUUGCUGGGCUUUCUAGAAAGCUGCAAAGACUCUGUGUCACCUGCCUUUGUGUAUUCAACAGGAUCUAGUGUGUAUUUCAUUCACUCUUAGAAAAGUUCCAGCAGCAGAUUGCUCGGCUAACUAAACCAACACAGGCAGGAACAUUUUAUCCCAGAUGAAAUGAAAAGGGGGGUUGUUAAUUGUCAAUAGUAAGAAUAUUACCCACAAGGCCCCUGACUUGAGAGACCAAUUGAAGACAUGGACGCAAAGCUGUCAGCUGCAGCAGAUGGUGUCAGCUCGACCACAUCCUUGAGCUGACUUUAACCCCAAUCUAUAUAUUAAUGUUGGAGCAAGUGUACACUUAAUUUUGAGAGAAGUUUGAAAUGCUGUACAGUCCCUUCAGAAAACCACUUUGUUUUAGCUCUAUUACCUAACACAACUCUAAACUGUUUCUUGAAUAUAACUGCUCCAAACACACAACAUACCCAGAUUUUGCAGAAAUUUCACCCAGGAGUUGGAAGGAAAACAUGUCAAGUGAAGGCAGGGUAGAAAAUUUGUUUUGUGAAUUCAUGUAAACAGCUAAUUCAGAUUCUUUGAUUUCCUUCACUGUUCCCCUGCAGACCGAGCAUUUGAAGCAGAAAUCAACUGCAAUAACCCGCUGGGAACAGGAGGCAGGCUCGCCAUUGGCUUUGCUGUGCUGCUCAGGGCCCUCUGGAAAGGAACGCAUCAUGCUUUUCAACCCUCCAAACUCAAGGUAAACAAGCAGCAGGAAUAGUUAGUUCCCAUCAGAUAUGUUCCAGAUAUAUUGCACUGCUGUUGCUGCAAAGUAGUGUUUCACUUCCAGGAAGUUUUCAAUUUCUCUCUGACUUCAUGAAUAUUUUUUUUUUGCAUUCAGUCUGCCCCUGGGGAAGCUUAGGUGUAUGACAUCUCAUAUGUUUGUGAACAUUAUGAGUAAAAUGUUUGUUUUCGUUUCCUCUUUGUUUGUUUGGAACCAUGCAGGCGAUUGUGGCCAGUAAAGCCAGUCAGUUUACAGGCUACGCCCAGCAUGAUGCCCAGGAGUUUAUGGCUUUCUUGCUGGACGGCCUUCAUGAAGACUUGAAUCGUAUCCAGAAUAAACCUUACACGGAGACGGUGGACUCUGACGGGCGGCUGGAUGAGGUGGGUGUUUCACCUGUUUCUUCAGCUGUUUUGUUUUUGAAGUCUUUCGCUGGAAAAGCACAGAAAUUGCUGCUUUUAUGAGAAGUUUUUUUUUUUAAGUGCUGAUUUUAAGAAUAGUCCCCAACACCUUCAGAAAUAUUGUACAUGACAUAACAGAAAAAUAAAAGAACUUUUGGAGAAUUUUGCUGAAAUAAGAAACAAUUCCCUGUGAAGUCUUGCCAAGUUUUGACCUGUGACAUCUUUUUGCUGUUGAUGCAGGUUGUGGCGGAGGAGGCCUGGCAAAGGCACAAGAUGAGAAAUGACUCCUUUAUAGUGGACCUCUUCCAAGGCCAAUUUAAAUCCAAGCUCGUUUGUCCCACAUGCUCAAAGGUAACAAUAGAAUAUUUUUGCUCACCCAGUUUGGUUCAACACAGAUUUCAAUUAGAACUUGAGUAUCAUAUCUUCUAUAAAAUGUCCAUGAAUGACUGUGAGUGAUAAGUUUGUUUGUGUUUGUUGUUCGACACCAUUAUAGCCCUUUUACUUUGGUUUAUUGAUUUGGUUGUCAAGAAGCCAGUGUUGCAUUGGGGGAAAACAAAUCCACCCUCACUGACCUUUUCUAUUCAUGUUUGAAGGUCAUCAAUACAUGCUUUUGUAUAUUUUUUCUAUGGUAAUGAUUUACAUCCCAUUUAACACCUUCCCCUCCUGCUUUUCUCUGCCCUCUUUUAGGUGUCCAUCACCUUUGACCCUUUCCUCUACCUACCGGUGCCCUUGCCUCAGAAACAAAAGGUGCUCUCAGUUUUCUACUUCGCCAGGGAACCUCAUAAAAAACCCAUCAAGGUAAGACUGCAUGAAGGGCCUAAUUGCUGUGAUAAUAAACAAUACAGCUCAAAGAUGCUUUAGAUUGCACUUCACUAACUUCUAUCCUUCUGCGUUAUUAGUUCUUGGUGAGUGUGAGCAAGGAGAACUCCAGCACUGCUGAAGUCCUUGAAUCCAUUUCCAGGAGUGUCCGGGUUAAACCAGAAAACCUCAGACUGGCAGAGGUAACAGAUUAACAAUAUUCUUGACUUCACACUCUAGCAGAGAUUUUAUGGGUUUGAAGCUAAAUUGAAUUCAACACACUUCUUUCUCUCAGGUUGGGAAAAAUCGUUUCCACCGCAUGUUCCUGCCAUCCCAUUCGCUGGACACAGUGUCCUCCUCUGACAUGUUGUUUUGCUUUGAGGUGCUUUCCAAAGACAUGGCCAAAGAGAGAGUCAUAUUGCUCAGAGUGCAGCAGGUAAUCAAGUCGAACCCCGAUAUAACAUCGCCAAAGAAUAUCAAAUUAAAAAGUGUGCGCAGGUAUAAAGGCAAGCUUUCUUUGCUGUUGCUUUUCCUACAGAGACUGCAGGUCCCUAAUAUUCCCAUCUCAAAGUGUGCAGCCUGCCUGAAGCCUCCAGUGUCUGAGGAGGACAAGCUGAAGCGCUGCACUCGCUGCUACCGUGUGGGCUACUGUAAUCAGUGAGUUCUACAAGUAACUGUAAAAGUCACAUGGAUUUACUAUUCACAUGAACUAGAUCUAUUGACUCUGUUCUGAACAUGUGAACUCUCUCCCCAGAGCCUGUCAGAGGAAUCACUGGCCCAAUCACAAGGGUCUGUGUCGACCCAACACUGAGAAUGUGGGUCUGCCUUUCCUGGUCAGCGUGCCAGAGUCUCGUCUCUCCUAUGCCCGCCUCACCCAGCUACUCGAAGGUUACUCCAGGUACGCAGGUUGACCCAUAGUUUGUUGUGCUCAUCAUCAUUAUCAGUAAUUGAAAUGAAACAUUACCAAAACAAUUGUCUGAACAAAAAAGAUAUGUUUGCUGUAACUAACUUUGUGUAGUCAUUGACUUUGUGUUAAUUUGAUUCAUCGUAAUAUGUUGGUCUUAGCUUAAGAAUUCCACUUUGUUGGUUUUUUGUUUACUACUUGAAGUGUUCGCAGUGAUCCUCAAAUUGUGAUUAUGAAGUUUUUAGUCAAAAUCACGUUACCUGUGUCAUUUUCAAGGACUUUUUUUUUCAUAACACCAAAUAUACACCUUCUUGUUCCACGUGUAGAGAGAGUGGAUGUCUGACUAGUUGGCUUGUAUUGAAUGUUUCUCCUGGAUGACACUCCUUAAACAUGAGGAAAUUCGAUAAGUUUAAAAUUUGACAUGAAAUAACUUUGUGUGAAGGAUCUCUGUAACUGCCAACUGUGCCCAUGAAUUUUGAUCAUGGAUCAAAAUCAUUUCUGUAUUUUCUUUUUGUCACAUUCACUGAGAUGUUUGUGCACAUUCCACAUUUUCACAUUCAGCCUUCCUUUAACUCUCUUUUCACCGGUCUUUGAAUUAAGCACAUUUUUGUACAGUGAGCGGCUGUCUGAUAGCAGAUUAGCAGAUCUGUUUGUAGUCAUCAUCACCAAAGUAAUGAACUCAGAGUGUAACAUUCAAGUGUCACUCUGCAUGCAGGUUUUCUGUCAACGUGUUCCAGCCUCCUUUCCAGUCAGGCAGGACGUCCCCUGAAACACCCCAAAGCCGGGAUCUGAUGCCACCAGGCUCUUCUGAGGGUCCUGUGCCCGGGGCUGAGGCCAUGGGUGAAAGCUGUGCUGUAGAAUCAGCUGAUCAGAUGCCAGAGAGCCCAUCUCUGCUGCCUGAAGCUCAUGCAGAGUGUGCUCAGGCCUCAGCUCUCCACUCUGCAGAGUCAGAAUCCCUCUCCUCCUCUCAGUCUUCCCUCUCCACCACACGGACUACAGAUUCAGGCUUCUCAGAGCCAGUCUCCGCCACUUCCUGCUGCUCCUCGGACCCUCAUGCCGAAAAGGAGACUUCUUGUGAGAAGGCGGUGCGGCCAGAGGGUAACAAGAAAAUAAAAACAUAACUUAAAGAAAAUUGAGUUUCUUUCCCCCUUUUAUUGAUGUCAUGUAUCUCUUAUUCCUGCUAGCUGCUGUAACGGGGUAUCAGCAUCCAAGUGAAUCAGCUUCAGGUCAUGCCAGUCAGUUCUAUAUCGCUCUGCUGGAUUCCAACAACAAAGAGCAGAGGCUGGAUGAGAGAGGUCCAAACUUUUCCUCCUUUAAGUAUUUGGCAUUUUCAGUGUCAAUAUUCUGUAAAAGAGAUGUUAAUGUUCAGGUUUUUUGAAGUUAUAAUCAUGAUUCCUUUUAGGUAGAAUUUAUAAAUGACUUUUUCUUUGUGCUGCAUGUUAUCAUCAUAACUGAAGCAUUGUUUUCUGUCCAACCCCCUCUGCAGAGGAUGCAUUGGAAACACUCCCUGAAGAUGCAACCCUCGAGCUGGUGUGGAAGAACAAUGAGCGUCUGAAGGAGUACGUUCUGGUGAGCUCAAAGGAGUUGGAGUAUGAGGAGGACCCGGGCUCUCUGAGUGAAACGGCCAGAGCGGGUCACUUCACCCUGGAGCAGUGCCUCAACCUCUUCACAAAGCCGGAGGUGCUGGCACCAGAGGAGGCAUGGUAGGCAUCUUUAGAGUGUGGAAGGUUGUUUCAUCAAACUUUGGAGAACUGAUUUUAAACUCCAGAGGAUAUUUUUUUUUUAUUUUCCAGGAUGACUGGAACAUAAAAUGAAAGCAGAUCACUCUCAAGUUUGUUAUGCUUGAUUUAAUUCCUCGUUACAGCCUUUGAGUGUUUGGUGCAGUUUAUGGUUUUGAUUUAUUUCCAUAUUGUUAAAAAGUCAUACAGAAAAAAAAAAGGUAAAUAAAAAUGGAUCCAUGGGUAGGUGAGGGCUUAUCUCAUAACCUCGCCUAAACUCCUCUUCAUGAAUGUGACAUGAGGCUCCAGAUAGUGAAGUGCAUUUGGGUUAUUUGGUGAGACAGAAAUGUACAGUUCAGUGUCAUCAGCAUGUGGGUGAUAAUGGAAGCAUGUGCAGUGAAAAUAAACAGGCCCAAUAAUGUGCUCAUGAAGAUGAAUCUACUGAAUACCAUUUGGUUUGAUCUGGGAGCACUUUUUACUCUGGAGCAUCUGACUUUUUUAAAAGAAAAUUUUGAGCUAAACUGGUGUUUGGUCCCUUUUCUCAGGGAGUUCUAGAAACUUGUUUUAAUAACUCUGCUCCUCCAUCAAUCUUUCAGGUACUGUCCAAAGUGCCAGCAGCACCGAGAGGCCUCAAAACAGCUGUUGCUGUGGCGCCUGCCAAACGUUUUGAUCAUCCAGCUCAAACGCUUCUCCUUCAGGAGCUUCAUCUGGAGGGAUAAGAUCAAUGACAUGGUCGACUUCCCCGUAAGGUAAAUGGACAGUGAAAAGAUAAAUUGUCACCUCUCAGCUCCAGCAGCCCAAAACUGAUUUUUCUUUCCUGUACCUCUAGGAAUCUGGACCUGAGUAAGUUCUGCAUUGGUCAGAAGGAUGAAAUGCAACAACCCCCCAUCUACGACUUGUAUGCAGUCAUUAACCACUACGGAGGAAUGAUAGGAGGCCACUACACGGCCUAUGCUCGCCUGCCAAGUGAUAAGAACAGCCAGCGCAGUGAUGUUGGUAAGUGUCCUGUCAGCGAGGUUUGUCACAUCAGGAUGAAUCUGUACAAGCUCUGACAGAUGGCUCAUCAUUCCCCUUAUUUUAGUCUCCACUCCUUGGCUGUUGAUUUUUUUAAUUGCUUCAUUCUUGGUCAUAAAAGUUGUUCCUUAAAGGAGGAGUAGGCAGGAUCUGAGGAAGUGCCAUUAUUUGGGAGAAAUCUUGAAUGUAAACAGUAUCCCUUCCAACCAGUUUUCUCCUCAGCUCCUCCUCUCCACUCCCUCUCUGCUCCAGCAAGCCCCACCCACAAACAGCCGUUCCUGCUCGCUCAUAUCAUUUCAAUUAAAUUCCGAUAUAGUGCAGGUAAAUACUUCAGAUAAUUACAGAUGGGGCCCAGUCAACGUGGAAGUUAAAAGCAUUGGUGCUACUUUAGAUGCCAACAAACUACCAGCAAACACAAAGUUUGCAGGACUUCUACAACUAGGAUAAAGUGACAUAGUCCAGGACCCGAGGUAAACAGUUUAGCAGUGCUAAAACACACAGCAAGUCCCGUUUGACAAACACUUCUAUUACUUUGUUAAAGCAGUUUACCUGUCCAGCAGAAAGGUUACAGGGUCCGUAAGAUCCUGAAGCGUCCCCCAUCGUUUAUGCCUUAUUGAUGUUGAGCGGGUUUCUAGCUCUUGUCCGGUCUACCUCCUUUUUAGGUGCCCAUUGUCCUGCCAGAGUCUCCGGUAUUUACUUUGUUUACUUGCUUGUGUUGGCAGUCGUAGCCAAAGGAGGAUUCAGACAAUUUUCCAUACUUUCUGGUUUGUUUCUACUGUCCAAUAUUGUAGCACGCUAACUUUGUUUGGUCUUGUGAACGUUAUUCAAGGAUGUGAACCGUACCUCACAACACGAGGGAGCAGUGUCUGCCUCACAACCAAUUAGGUUGUGGGAAGCGGAGAAUGCAUUUGUUUACAGUCAGAAAGAGUUGAUAUUUAAAGCUUUUUUGUAUACGCACCAAAAAAAUUCUUCCUUUACGACAUCCUGCCUACCCCACCUUUAAAUUUAGAAAAAAAAAAAACAUUUCAAAUGAUAUGAUGUGAUUUAUGACUGACAUAAUACUGGGUGAACUCAAAAACAAAAGAUUGAAGGGAAACAUUUAAACACAUAACCUUCAUUUAAUGGUCCUUUUUUAACCAUAAUCAUGUUUCGUGUUCAAACCCAGCAGCUCUGAAAUUCCUGCUCUUGUAUGUAGAGAUGACAUAUUGGACAUGAGAUGCUUUUUUCACUCAGCCCUGUCGUCCUUUUUUAAACUGUGUCUAUUUCUGUCUUUUCUCAAAGCUGUGUUUUAAACUGUAUGAACGUCUUUGUAGAGUAACUGAAGGCUCCACCUUGUGCACAUGCCUAUUCCAAGAACUGCCUCUGUCUAACACUCUGCUGCCGCCCACCCUUUCAUCCUACAGGCUGGCGUCUGUUUGAUGACAGCACUGUGACAAUGGUGGAGGAGAGCCAGGUGGUGACGCGUUACGCCUACGUCCUGUUCUACCGACGCCGAAACUCCCCUGUGGAAAGGCCGCCUCGCUUCCUCAGACCUGUGGGAGCUGAAUCGCCCACUGCAGCAGGUGCUACUGCCAGCCAGGUAAGGGUGCCACAGAAACCAGAGACCCCCUUGUAUUCCUGAUGUUGUUUGUUUUGUUUGUUUUUAUUCCACACAUCUGGAGACUUUUUGGGUUAUUGAAAUCAACAAUAAUCUUUAGGGUUGGGUAUUGAGAAUCGAGUAUCGAUGGGGACCGGGACUAACAUUUAGAUUCUUCCGGUAUCGUUCAAAUAUUAAAAUUUCGAUUUUAAUAACUUUGAAGCGGUAAACAAAUCGUACUGUGUACGAUGAGCAAACCUAAAUAUCCAACUAACGUUAGCCCUUGUACUUUUUCAUAGACAAACGACCUGACAACAAAAAUUGAUAUUUAUAUACUGGUUGAAAAUAGCCCUGUGAGAAAUUCAUAGUAAAGUUCUUAGAAAGUUAAUAGAAUUUGAAAAUUCAUGGAGAAGUUCAGAAAUUUCAUCCAAAAAGAAGAGCUCCGGUUAGCGCCCUUAUUCAAACCAUGCUUUUUUUUUUUUUUUUUUUUUUUUAAGAUAUCCUGCCUUGUAAAAGAAUCGAAAUAGAGAAUCGAUAGGAAUCUGAAUCGAAAUAAGGAAUCAAAAUCGGAAUCGUUCAAAAUCAAACGAUACCCAACCCUAAUAAUCUUACUCUAAUCUAAGGUGUUAAAGUUUAGAUAGGGAGUGUUAAGAUGGUUCAAGAUUGGAAGAAGAAGCAUGCUGGGCACACACCUCCAUUACAGAACAAAUAAACGCCAUGAUUAUGUUCCCAACUGGUGAAAUCUAAUGUUUGGAAGUCAGGUUUGUGUGUUUGAUGUCUUUUGAGUUCUGUCACAGUUAGUUUUGACUAAUAAGAAGUUUAUGAUGUGAUCAUAAAUCACUGAUAGUCUGUCAGUCUCAACAGCACCAUGUUUCUCAGCUGUCAGGCAACAUUUGUGUCAUGAGACAUUUUUGGUUGAACUUAAAGAGGAUGUGACAGUUUCUCUUCAGUUUGUCAGAAAGCUUUAAAGUUAAAGUAAACAAUUGAUUCACCCAAGUUCAGUUCUGAAGUUUUGAGCAUGGUGACUUCUGCUGUUUUGAGGAUCCAUUUGAAUUCCUUUAUCCCCAUCAGAUAAACAGAGAUAUAUUCUGUUGCGGUGGCUCAUAUCAACAGAUGUCGAGUGAGGCCUUGUGUUGCUCUUGAUGGUAUCAGAUUGUGUGUGAUUUUGAGAUGGAUGGUCCUCCUGUAAAACCAAAUACACACAAAGACACAAAGCCUUUUCUUUGAGGUUAUUCUCAAAACAUGAACCUCUAUUUCAGUUCUGCAUUGGAUGUGCUCAAGGCAGGUGUCAACCAAAACUAUGUGUACCACGAUACCAUGAUGUAAUAGUUGUUGUGCUUUUGGUUUACACAAAUGCGUGUUAUAUUUUUAAUUCAUAUCCUAAUAAAGUAGGGACGCUGUGUCAAACAUUGAUUACAGACUUUGAUGGUUUGCAGAUUAUUUAAACAUGAUAGUUACUUGAGAAUAACAGAAAGAAAACAUGUAAAAUGUGGAAACUGAAAAAUGUGUUGUGUCAUUAGAAAAUCUAUUUAAUUUGAUGUAAGCAACAUGUUUCAAAAGUUGGGACAGUAACAACAAAUCACUGAAAAGCUUAUUUAUGUACCACAUCCAUAAGGUGUGUGACAUGACUGGGGGCGUUCAAGAGAGGCUGAAGUCCAGGAAUGAAAGGCCAAAAACAAAAACUGGAUCUGAUCUUUGUAUCAAAAAUCAGAAAUUGCAGUGGAAAUCUUCACAUGAGCUCAAAAGUGUAACCAAAACAGUUAUGAUUCUAUGAUCACAGUUUACUGUGCAUCCAGAGUUCAGGUUCAAACUGGUCCAUAAACAUGAGUCCAUGGAUGAGGGAAAGUGAAAAGCUGUUCGGGUCUGAAAAAUCUAAUUUGACUUUCUUUUUUGAAGGAUGCUUCACACUCUGCAUUAGUUUGAAAGCCGGCCUCUGUGUUGGUACAGGGUAGGGUAAGGGUGCCUGUGGCAAGACUGUCUUAUACAUCAGGAUAGGCAACAUAACUGUGCUGAACAAUGGAGCAUCCUAGGAUGCGGUCUUCUUCUGAAAAAAGAAAAAAAUAGGAAGACCUUGUGUUUCUUAGCAGGACAUUUCUACAUAGUGAAGCAGCAUGGCUCCAUAGUUGAGAAGUCUGGGCGUUAGACUGGCCUGCUUGCAGUUCCAGGAAGUCACACACUGAAAACAUUUAGCAGAGACCCCUCACUGUUGUAUCCUGGCCGCAGAGAGGGGAACUUUCCUUUGAACUACUCCACAAACUGGUUUUCUUUGGUCCAAAAUGUCUACACAGUUCUUUAAAGAAGAGAAGAUACUGCACAGCGGUAAACAUGAAAGUGCUCAAACUCUUGAAAUAUGUUGUAGGUAUUAAAUUUAAAAUGCCAUUUUUCAGUUUCACCAUUUGACGUAUUGUCUUUGCUGUAUUUCAGCGGUCAUCCAGGUUUAAACAAUACUAAACCAUCAUAUUUUCUCAGAGUCUCAGGGUUGGAUGAAUUUGUUUUGUCAUUUCUCUCAGUCUUGAGAAACUAGCCCCUUCCAAACGUCUCAGUGUCCACCUUAACAAUCAGCUAUGAAGGGCAUGUAAUCAGCUCCUGAUUUACAAAUCUCUGUCAUCUCAGCAGCUGAUUGAAAGUUUUUAGGUAGACCACCUUCUUUGUCAUUUUAGUAUUUGCUAGAACAUGCCUUUCCCAGAAGCUGACACCGGUUUCCGCCAAUCGCAGGCCUCUCUAAUAUGGCGGGAACUGGAGGAGGAAGAGGAGGGGCUCACCCAGAGCCCUUCUGGACUGUUGCGCUCUGUGCUGCGGAGGGGACAAACACCGAGGAACAGGGAUGAGGAAGACGAAGACAGAACUGAAGGAUCGGUGCGGCAGCACCGCAGGAGGAGGAUAUCGGACUAUCCUGACGACGACUGCGUGCGCUAUUUUGUUUUGGGCACUGUGGCAGCCAUGUUUGCUCUGUUUGUCAAUUUGGUCUACCCUCUUUUAUACAAAUCAAACUGGACCUGAGAGUAAUCUGGUCAGUCUAAAGUCUGGUCAGUCUCACAAAUAUGAAUGUGUGGAUAGUCAAAGAGGCAGGGGUUCAGAAGAGAAUGAAGAAUGUGCUGUUUGGUAGAUAUCAGUGUUUCCCCUAGGUUAAGAAUUUACUUGUGGUGGUGGGCUGGGCAGUGCAGGAUGACACUGUGGUCUGAGAAGUUCAUUCAAAAUAAUCUAGUCAAACUAAGGUUUAUGAACUAUGCAUUUUUUAUUGCACAUACAGGUCUCCAGACUAACUCGUUUUGCUAAGAGCACAGUAAUUUUCACUGUUUUACUGAUAAAUAGAUCAUAAAUGCAGAAAUUACAAUGUGCUGUUUUAAAUUCAGUGUCACAUUUUAUUGUGCACUUUUAAAGAUGCAAAACAAAAUCAUUACACUCACCAAUGAGAAGUUGUUUUUUUCGCACAUGGCAUUUGUUUACAAGUUUAGACUGCUUCAGACUUUUGCUUUGUUGACAAACAAUCUUAAGGAAAAACAAGACAAAAAAAGAGAGUCCGUCUCUUGCUCUUGAAAUAGCUUUCACUUGGCUUCAUGUCUUGAAGAAGAAAAAGUCAAAGUCAGUAUCUGAGACACAACCAGCACAUUAACACAUACUGAAUGAAGAAGAAAACGGUAUAUAAUCAACAAAAAGUUAGUGUAGCAGGAGCACAACAGUUUGGGUGCACUUUGGUAUAUUCACCAAUGUGUCGCACGCUGCGCCACUUUUGUUCGCUCGAAAAACGAUCGCUACCACUCCGGAAAGCCGUAGUGCAACGGUUUGGGUGGGCUUCCGUAUAUUCACCCGCGCUGCACAGCGUUCGUCUGGAGAAAACUCUGCUGUCUGUGUGUCUGUAUGACCACACGUCUUUUCAUUAUUAUUAUUCUAUUUUCAUCUUCUUGGGCAGAUGUCAGUCUUCUUGAGCUGGCAGCCCAAGUAAAGUCUAUGUAGGGGAAACACUGGACCUGACUUAGGAUACGAAGUGUACAGUGAACAUGAACAUGUCCAAGUCUUUUGAAUGAACCCCUUUAAGUGGACAGCGAGGUUUGAAUGUCAGCAAUAAGCUCCUCCUCUUAAGAAACCCUGUUAGUCACAGAUGCAGACUGAUGAUACUAUCAGGAUAACAGUACUGUACCUCUAUUGAUCCUUUUUCUUGUGUAGACUCCUGCUUUAAUGUGAGUCUGCUUUUAAACACUGUCAUUUUUCUGUGCAACAUCAUGGAGGCAGGUCUGUGAUGAGUUUUUUUUCUUAGGCGAAAGUUCCUCAAGCUCGUAAGCUUGUAAAUCUUAAUGGAAAGACCAGGGAGGCCCUUAGAAAACGCUAAUCCACUGUGUGUAAACAGUAACACAUCACUACAGAGCGGAAGAAUAUAAUAGACUCUACAAUAGCUCUAGAUAAAGCCAUAACUGAAGGCCUUCUUCUGUCUUUAUUGCACUACUAAACUCUGGAGAGAAUAGGUAUUUAUUGGAGCAGUACAAAUAGAAUAUGAAAUGAGUGAGUGUUAGACCUUGUUGAAUCAUGAUGCAAAGAGAGCUCUCUGUAUGUUGUGACCAGUUGUUGCUUCUUCUCAUCUAGGAACCAGAUUGUGUUUGUUGGCCUUCAGAUUUCUGCCAAACAACAUGGGUUUGAUGACAUUUUCCUGCAGUAUGUUCUGUAGUUCACUGUAUUAUCAUUGUUUUUUUUUUAAUCCUCAUGUUUGUUUUGAUGUCUAUCACAGGACACAGACUUGUCUCAGCCCAGUUUGAACAGAUUAUUGAACAAGAAAGUCUCAUCCUCCGCUGAAUGUCAUGUUCCCAAUGUAAUACAGUCUUUCCAGAGAAACGUUUGGGAAAAGUAGUUGAUUAUGGACGGUUUUGGAGUGCUUUCUUUGAACUGUGAACAUGAAACCAAAUACAAUACCUCCUGCAACAAGGGAAGUCAUUUUAACCGAAUCAAAACAUGAAGAAAUCUGAAAUACUCCACUGAACUGAAGAGCCGCUUCUGUACCAUGAUCAUGCAUAAUAAGCAUGACCAGCGCUCAAAUCAAACGGUUUUUAACUCUUUCUGAGUCUCCAGACUGUCCAUAACGCAGCUGUUUUUCUGUUGUUGUAGUGGUUAGAAGUAUUCAUGGGUCUCAGGGAAAUCCUAGUGCUCUUCCAGUCUAGAGGCAGUGUACAGUGUCCAAUAUUUGCCUUAACUGCCAUUAUUAGAGCACCAUCAGACGGUGUAAACUUGACUCAAAUAAUAUGCAAAGAUCAAGUCUGUUUAGUUAACUCUGGAUGAGUAUAGCUUUUACUCAGCGUACACUGCUCUUGAAGUGUAGAGUGAAAUCUCGCAGCCAUCUACAAACCGAACCAUGGUGUCAUUUUAAGGAAAAGAGGUUUUUAACAGAAGCUUUGCUGGUUUAGAUGUUAAACUGAUGUUGGGCUUUUGUUGUUCUGACUGAUGUGUGACGGAUGAAAUUCUGUAUGUGUGUAAUCUGCUGCAAAAUGUUACUUUGAAAAGACAAAUCAGACUUGUGUUGGCUAAUGGCUAAAGUAUUGUAUUUAAAAGAGAAUCAAAACCUAUUUUAAUGUAUCUGCAAUAAUGUAUGUAGAAACCUCCACCUAAAUGCUGCUUUCAGAUAUUUAAAGCUAUGUACUUCUUUUGGAAAUAAAACCUCCAUCUCUUUAUGGUCUUCUGUAUACAUUCAUGUUAUAUCCUCACCAGUUUCUUCAAACAGCUGAGAUCUCCUGAACUUCUAAAUCAGCAUGAUUUAUCGUUACCACUGGUUUAUUUUACAGGCCUCUAGCCAGUCACUAUUUGGGCCUGACCUUGAUCCUGAAGGACCACCCACGCUGACGCCAGAGGUUCCCUCUGACCUCUUCGCCCACACUGGAGAGUGUGCAGCACCAUCCUACAGCAACAUGGAGGAGGUGGACUAGACGUGGCAUGGACUAAAGGAAGUUCAGAGCCGAUCCAGGACCUGAAUGGAAGUCCCAUUGCAGCAUGAGGACACACCAGUGGUCUUUGACUUCUGGUAUCACUUAGACAAGCUGUGAUAGGGAGGUGGUCCGUAAAGAUUUGACUCUCAGUUGCACUUAGACGUGCACUAACCAGACCCUUACAUCACUGAUAUAGACACAAUAAACACCCAUGAUAAACCCUUAACAAGCUGUAUACGUAGUUAUAUUCAUGAAGUGCAUAUAGUCACACUGAAGCUUACACUUGUCAGUAAUCUCUGAGCUCCUCUUGGCAGCUCAUUAUAGCAGCCGCCAAAGAGUCAAGACUCAGAAACAUAGUGGAGUCAAGUUCCUUCCAGGCUGCUACACGUGGUCUGGUUUUAAGCUAAAAAAAACGACAACCCAUCACUGUUAACCAGACAUGCUAAUCGCAGGAAAAAGCUGCAGUCGAUUAUUUAAGUAAGUUUGGGGAGUUUGAGUGGAAAUAGUUGAAAUUUGACUACAUUUGUUCUCUUUGUUUUUUGUUUAGGAUUUCUCGAGGUAUUUCCUGGUAUGACUUGUUUGUGGCAGGCUUUUCUGUAACAUGGAUCGGAGUUGAAGAAGCUGAUGUAAAAAGAUGAAAACAUGAGACUGGUGCUGACCUGCUGCUUUUUUGAUACAGAGGGCACAUGCUUUUUUCUCUUUUUUUGUUUCAUACAUAUUUUAUUUCUGUUUCUUGCUGUAGUGUACUUCGAUCGUUUCGCUCUUUUCUUUUUGUACUUGUUUAGAUAUUCAAUCCUGUGGAUGCAAUUCUCAAAUGGCUUCAGUAUAAACUGAAAUGUGCAUGACUGCAUGUGGAUACAGGCUGUAACCCUGGCCCCUGUUAAAUACCUCCUUUCCCUAAAACUCUGCUACAUUUGAGUUCUUUCAGUUUUGCGUGAGUUGUCCAGUCUCGGCCUCCCUUUCUUUGUUAUUGAUUGAGUAAAUAAAUUGGGGAUCAUUAAGAUAAUGCUGUGGAUAAAUAUAAAUGGUUAAUAUAAAUAAAACAGUUUGGGAAACUGCUGACAUUGGUGUUUUUAAUUAGAGUUUUGGUUGUCAUGAACCAUCAGCAUUAAGAUGCAGGUGAGGGGCUUUGUGUCAGUCAAGCAGUGGAAGAAAUUUUACAAAAUGUUUGAAGCAUUUUUACAAUGAAUGAUCCAUUUGGCUGUCAGAAGAUGGCAGUGUGAGAUUUUUUGUCAAAAAUCACCACUCAAGCAUGUCCAGAAUUUAGAAUUCAUUUAUGCUCGCCAUACGUGUGAAAAUUUACUAGUCCGUUUCAAACGAUGGUUUCGUCACAGUGAUAGACGGUAUGUAGCCUGUGGCUAAGUACACAUUUAAACCAGAACUGUUCAGUUGGUGAUACAAGCAUUAAAAUUGGCAUGAACAUUCUCCAUGGGUCACUUGACUAGAAAAGUGUCCCAGGCUGUGGGUCAAAAUGAAUCACUCAAUCCCUAACCCCCAUAUGGGAUUUUACUAUAUAUUUGACAAUGUAGUGAACUCAAUUACCAGACGUUUCGGACACUACAUGGCAUGACGCAAUGCAUGACUGGAUGCCCACCACCGGUGAGUGACCAUCAGAUGAUCACUACAUUUUGCAGUGCUUUAUGGGAAAUUUUGAGUCGCCUAUAUAGGGCACUGGAAUUGAUUACUGAGAUUUCGGACACCCCUCAAAAUGGCGCUAACCCCCAUGUAGUCACCUGUAUAGGGGUUAGGGAUCCAUUUCAGACACAGCCCCAGCCAUUUGAAAUUUCAAGAUGGCCGCCACCCAAGUGGAACAAUUAGGGGAUGUACCUGUUACAUUGGUGAUAGCCAUGAAAAUUGGUAUGCACAGUCUUCAUGAGUAACUUAAUAAGAAAAUGCCCCAAGCUGCUUGAAAUUUCCUGAUACAGCCCACAUAUUUCCAUGCGUAGUACCGAUUAGAGAAAUUGAUGACACCGUCAUUUUCAUUACUGUGAUACAGUGUGUUGCAGGUAGUGACAGCACCAACAUUGCCCCCUCAGUUUACAGUGGUACUGCUCCAACUGGCCCGUAUCUCUAAACUUAAAGGAUACCUGCAGAAAUACUGCCUGAAGAAUGAGAAGCACAAAGGGAUAGCUCUGUCCGUUUUGUAUCGUUGAGCAUUAAGGAACCUUUAGGCCUUGGAUUUACUCAAUUAAUGCAUGAUAUAAAGGUAUCUAUAAAUAAAUGUGGUUUUGAUGUUACUUUUAUUGUAAUUGCCUGGGGGGCGGGACUAACAUGAGAGAUGGAGAGAUCAGUCGGACACAUGUAGCUAGCUGGUUUCUCACUUGCUGGGUCUUCUGCAUGCUGCUGAGCCUGAGGCGAGGACGCCGUCACUGGCUGUGUUUCUUCUGAUGCUGUGGACGUUUGGUGCUGGUUUUCUUCCCGCUGCUGAGACGAGAGGGUGAAGUGAACUGAGCAGCAUGCAGGACGAGGCGACGGAUGAAGUUGGUUGGACCGUGGAGUCGAGGUGUUUUUCGUCUUCUUAAUAAAGCCAGUAAGCAGCUCUAACAGGCCUGCAAGGGAGGAUUAUACUUUCAUUUGAAUUUUAUUUGCCGGCUUUUUGUGUGUUUGUUUUGUGGGCCCACAUUUAGGAGUAACAAAUACCUGUUGUGUGAAUUAUCCUGAAGUUUAAAUUGAUAAGCUGCCUCAUAAGGGAUUGACUCUUACCUGCAGUAUUGAUAUGGCGGAAUAAAGUGGACAAGCAGAUGAAGAAGGUGUUGUCAAUUUUUAUUUUGCUUUUUCUUAAUAAAAACUUAAAAUGUAGAUUUUCUCUUUAUGACUUUAGUACAUAAGAAAAGUUUAACCAUUAGUGAUUAAGACGUUUAUUGAGGUAAAAAUCAUACAGCUAAGCACUUAUCUGUUACGUUCAUGUGUGUCACAGACGAUGAUGUAAAGGUAGGUGUGUGACAAUAAAAUCUUUUAAAAUACAUUUCAUGCUAUAACUUCCUUGAGAAGUUUUAUUUAUAAACCCAGGGCUCUGUAUCUGAGGAUAGUUGAUAUGAAGAAAGCACUACAAUAAAAAUACCCAGCUACGUGUGUAGAAGGCCUAAGACUGUGGGUGUGACAGACUGCUGAGACGAAGACUGUGAGGUACAACGAACUUGCAAAAAGACAGUGAGAGACAUGAGGUUAAAUACAAGAGGUAAUGAGGGUGAUGGGAAACCGGUGGGGAGACGCAAUCAGGACGCAGGUGCGACAAGACAGGGGUGGGGCAGACAGGAACAUUUCUGAAACAAGGACAAGGGUUAAUGACUUCAAAAUAAAUCAGGAAGGACAAGACAUGAAACAUGAAUGUGCCAAAAUAAAGGAAACUUAACAAAGAUGAAACUCCUCCUCCUCCAAACCAAACUGUUUCUCUUCAAACUACAGCUGUCUUUCAGUCUUUUAACUGUGUUUCAAUAUUUACCCUCACUAAAGUGAUUCAUAAAAUGAAACCCUCCUCCUGUGCUCCUGACGUCCUGCAGUGAGAUUUCUAAAAGAGGGUUAUGAGCCAAUCAGUUCACAUCUCCUCUCCAUGGUAAACUCAUGGAUAAUAACUGGUAAUGGUCCUACUGAUUUAAAAAAAGCUGACCUGUGGGGUUCCUCAGGGAUCGGUCCUUAGACCACUUCUCUUGUUACCCCUUGGUCAUGUCAUCCAUCUUAGUUUCCACUCAUAUGCGGAUGAUACCCAGCUGCACCUGUCUUUUAUUCCCAUUGAUUUUCACCAUUUCAACACAUUAAAUAACUGUAUCAAAGGCAUAAAAUGAUGGAUGUCUCAGAGUUUCCUGCAGCUAAAUUUGGAUCAAACCGAGGUAAUGAUUUUUAGUCCAGGCUCAGCAGGAAUGAUGACUCAUCUGGACUCUCUGUCACAAAAUGUUAGACAUGACUUUUAAAGAAAAACCUCAGUCUGAACCAGCAUGUCAACAAUACUGUGCAGUCCUGGAGAUUGUCACUCAUGCUUUUGUCUCUGAGGGAGACAAAUUACCAAUCUUUUUCACUUCAUCAUGUGUGUCUAUUUACUAGAUAUUUUAUUUAAUUUAAUGCCGUUUCAGCUGUGUUGAUUCGGUCAGGUUGUGUGUCCAAACGCGUGCCAAACGCGCUCAUCAGAUCAGAUAUAGAUCAGAAUAUAUUUAUAUAGAUCUAAAUGUAUGUGCUGACUCAGAUUAUUGGUUGUUGAUGAUUAUUUAUUGCACUGAAAUGUGCCUGACACUGUGGAAACCUGCCGGUGAGGCAUCGGUGACGUAUGCCGAUAGCCGCCCGUCUACCAAAAUACCACCAGACCAGCUGCGCACUGCCUGCGCUGCAAGCUGACCAGGUUUGAAUCAGAGAGCUUUCAGCGCACUUUAUACACUGGUGGCGAGCACGAAAAUGUCACUGCGCCAGCUGAUUCUGUCGACACCUUCCUCUGCCACGCCACCACGCCCAGCUUGGCAGACCUUGGUGCGCCUCAGUCCACGAAAAUACCAAACCGGCUGUAUGCCGGGCUCAGCCGGACAAAAAUACAACUGCGCGGGGUCCGCCACCCUCCGCUGCCUCACCAGCGUACACGAAAAUAGAGCCCACAGACUGAUGUGACAGGAUACAAACAGUCAAAUAAUCAGCUGAAGUUUGUGUUUGUGCAGAGGGUCAAUUGUUCUUCAGCUGCUGUUUGUGUUUGUGGUGUUUGUGUAGAGAGGACGAGACUCUCCCUCCUACACAGAACACAAACACACUGAGGAACCAAGAGACUUGAGUGCAAACCCAGGAUAGAGAGGUUGAGUGAAGGUGGUGUUGAAGGUGUGGAGGUGGAUCAGUGUGUCAGAGGAGACGCUGUAGAAGGACAGAGUGCCAGCAUGACAGUCCACAUACACUGCUACUCUGUGAGAGACAGAAGACCAAGGGAGACGGAGGUCUGUUCUAAUUUCAUUGUGAUGGACAUAGUAACGAUAAUCAGAGCAGCGCAGACUCCAGGACUGAUCAUUACAUCCAAACAGACAGUUAACACUGUCUCCUUUCCUUCUGAUUCCUCUGUAACUCACUGAUAUAUGAAUCUUUCCUGUCCACUCCACCUCCCAGUAACAGCGUCCAGUCAGAACAUCUCUACACAGAAGCUGAGGAUAAAAGUCAAAUCUCUUCGGAUGAUCAGGAUAUGACUGAUCCUCUUUCACACUUGUCACCUUCCUGUUGUUUUCAGACAGUCUGAGGAAUCUGUUUACUGUCUUUGAGUCCAGUUUGAGUUCACAGAAAUCUGACAGAGAGAAAAAGACACAACACAGCAGCAAGUUAUCAUCAGACACACCUGAAGGCUUUCUUCUUCUUUGUUAGCUGACAGUCUGCUGUUUGGUCAUCAGGAGUCAAACUGAUUUCACACUUACACUUCUUCACACCAGGUUUUAACCUCUGCUCUCCACCAUGGUCCACCCUGGAGGAACAAACACAGUCAGAAUGAUUGAGUGCCCAACAUGAGUCGUCCCAGCUGUCCAACAUGAAGCAGAGUUCCUCGGUUUGUCCCUGUGACACUUUUUCUGAGUCUUUCUGACAGAAACUCCCAGAAAAGGAAUAACAACAACAAGAUUGAAACAGCAAAGGCUGGCUGUUGGUCUGUCCCACAACAUGGAGAUUUGAUUUGGACCCUUUGGAAAAAGACAUUCAUUUCUUCUUUUAGGGCAGCUGUCCACACUUUGGUCUAAAAAGCUCCCUCUAAAUAGACUUGAAACCUUGUCUGCAGAUAGAGAGAUAAAGUAUUGGGCUCUCUUCUUCUAGAUAUAAAUGAAGAUGAAAUGAAAGCUCUCAGAUGAACUCAUGUGAGUAUGUGAGCCUCUUCUUGGAUCAUUCAGAUUCAGCUAGAGCAGAGGGAGUAGAAGUAUCACAGCUGGAACAGCAGGUGGAUUUCCUGCAGUUUGGGAUGGACAGAAAGUGAAGCAAAGUUGGUGCAUCUCCUCAAACAGCCUCUCAGCUUACCUGAUCAUGACUGACAGGUCUGCUGCUGCUCUUACUGAACGUAGCUUUGCCAGUAAAGCAUUAGAGCUCCACUGAAAGGAUCUGGAGGAGAUUUGAAAGUUGUUCUGCUCUGAUUAUUAAACUGGAUGUGAACCUUCAUCUUGUAAUAUCCGGUGUAAUAAAGCAUCUUCUCUGUGUUCUGACGUGGGCUAAAGGACUGUCAAAUGUGUUUAAAAGUUAAAAUAUGAUCUCUCUCUUGAUCAUCUCUGUUCUUAUUCUGUGUGUCUGUUCCUCAAUCAGGGAGCUGUGAAAUGACCACAGAGUCAGAAUAUCCAAGUUUGGACCUCUUUCCACCUGGAACACUGGAUAAGGUCUAUUCUU